AUGACUAUCAAAGUUGGAAACUUUUCUGGAAAAGUUGUUGCUGAAACAAAACCUGCUGAACUUGUGAGUUUGAAUUUCUCAAGAAGCCUGAGAGACUUCAGAAAGCCCUAGAGAGCUCUAGAAAAUCUUGGAAACUUCUAGAAGAUCUUAUGAAUCUUUAGAAGCUUCUGAAAAUAUUUCUGAAAACAUUCCUCUUUCCAGAAACAGCCACAAUUCGUCAUCACUUACAAGAAAAUCAUCGAAGACCUGAUGGAAGCUUACACUCUCUUUUUGUUCGCCAAUUUGCUCUUCAAAGGAUACAGCGCGGAAAAAUUGUUCUUCGCAGCAAUCCAACUCGCCUGCACAUUUGCAGUUUACAGGGAUUGGUGGCAAUUGAUGGCCGUGUAUACCAUCAACAUCUUCUACCAUCAGGGAAAAUAUCUUAUCGAUUUUCUUGGUAAAAACAAUAUUGAUGAUAUUUGGAAUUUGAACGUGGAGCCGAAAAAAAUUACCGGAAUAAUCAUUGUGCAAGCGCUUUGUGUUGGCUUCAUCACAUUGUGGGUGAAGCAAACUGUUUUUGCUUACAAAACUUGGAAAAACGAGAGAAAUUGUGAGGAAACUGAUGAUGAAACAACUUCACAAUCGAUUGAUUCUGUCUAA